CCGCGCGACAACAAUCGAUUGAUCGCGAGCGCGCCCGCGCCGUUCUCCACGAGUUUUUUCAUACCGCCGCCACACUACUACCACUUCUACUACCAGUUGUACUACUAGUACUGCACAACUACUAAUGCUACUACUACCACCACCGAGACCACGACCGUAAUACCGAUACACGGACACUGUACGAAACUCGUGCGCGCCAUCCACACACGGGUUCGUCGCGUAAGGUCCGCAGCGCACCGCAACGUAUAAUAACAUAAUAUAAUAUGUAAUAAUAAUUAAUAUUAGUUAUUAGGUGCGAUGUUACAGAUGUUGAAAGAUUUUUGAAAUUUAAAUCCGGCCCUCGGCCGUGAUUCACAAGAUAUCGUAGCGUAGGUUAAUAUCGCGUAAACACCGCGUAAACAGUUAUCGUUUUCGAAUAUUAUACCGUGUAAGUCUUCGUCGCUGUCGUCGUCGGGUUGUAUCGUGAUUCGAUAAUAAUCAUAUCGAGCGGCACGCACGAGACAUGGGUUCCAUCAACUGCUGCUGGGAAUAUUCCUACGGAAACAGAUCUAAUUCCCACUGACCGGAUGACUAGGUUUGCAGUUUGAAAGCUCACCAACAACGUUGCUCCAUGUCGGCUGUCUGUUACGAGGGUGGAGUUGGUGGUAGAUCCCGAGCUGGGCUUAGGCUCAGUCUGAACAGGAGUAUCAGUGAGCCGGGCCCAGCAACACCACCGAUUACUGUUACUACACCGACAACCACUAAACGAUUUCGAUUGGAAUCCAUACCUAGUCUACCGGUUAGUUUACCCGCCAGCCCCAAUUCCGACGGUACAAAUUUAAGCGGUGCUCUAAUACUCAACAAGGUAAAACGAAUGAGCAGUGAUUAUUUUAGACAAAAACUGGAACUUUUCGGACCGGCGGUCUUGGCCAUUGACUGUCGGUCUUUCGUAUGCUACAACGUCAGUCAUGUCAGGGGUGCUGUAAACGUGAACGUUUCCGACCGCAUUAACAGACGGAGAUUGCAAACGGGAAAAGCCACUUUAGUGGAGUUGGCGUCUUGCAGGGACGCCAAAGACGCUCUAAGGAGGCGUGGUUACAGGGAAAUUGUGGUGUACGAUGACUCGACUACAGACUUAGACAGAGUGCCCCAUAACCAUCCUCUGAUGCUAAUCCUUGCAUCGUUAGUAGACGAUGAAAGAGAACCAUCGUUUCUUAUCGGUGGCCACAAAGAAUUUCAUUCCCGGCAUAAGGACAUGUGCGAGAAUUCCCUGCUGCCAGCGCCGGUGAGCGCCAGCUGCCCUCCAGAUGUGGACCGCGAGUCUAUGGACACCCACCCUCUGACGAAGGUGCUACCGUUCUUGUACCUCGGUAACAGCAAGGACGCCGACGACCGGGAUGGUAUGACAGCCAUCGGGGUAACCCGCGUGCUGAACGUGACUACGAGCCAACAGUCACCAUCCCCGACUAUGGACCACCGCGCUUCCGGCGUUGUGUACAAGCGACUUUCCGUCUUGGACAACGGGCAUGCCAACCUUAAACAGUACUUCGAGGAAGCGUUCGAAUUCAUCGAAGGCGCUCGGACGUCCGGCGGAAGCGUGCUGAUACACUGCCAGGCCGGCAUAUCUCGGUCGCCGACCAUAGCCAUCGCGUAUGUGAUGCGCCACCGGAAGACGUCCAUGGUGGACGCAUACAAGAUGGUCAAGGCAGCUCGGCCAAUCAUAUCGCCGAACCUUAAUUUUAUGGGUCAACUUCUGGAGUUGGAGCAGAGCUUACAGCAGUACGAACAGCAACAACAACAGCAACAACAACAACAACAACAACAGCAGCAGCAGCAGCAACCGCGUUGCGGACAGUCUUGGGUCGCCGCCCAAUCCGCCGCAGACGAACUGUCGCCCGGGUUCAGUACAUAAAAAAAGGCACCCGACGACUGUACGCACGCACGCUCGCACGUGUUGGCGUUUAUGGGUUUCGCGUAUGUAUGUGCUUGCACGCGUGCGCAGGACAGAGACAAGGUACCGUGUCCCCGCUUCGGGCAUGUUAAGAUAAUAUUAAAUAUAGGUAUAUGUAUAAAUGUAUAAUAUAUAUUAUAUACGUAUACGUAUGUGUAUAAUAUUUGUUUGUGUCAAUUGCGUUCGAGAUAUUCCAACCUAUUUAAUGUGUUCCUAAUAAUUAGUUUUUCCAUUCUCGCGCAAAUGUAUGUAAAAAAAAUUUAUAUAUAUUAAAUGAAUAAUUAAAACGAAACUAUAGUAAUAAUAUAUAAGUACCUAUAUCUCUAUAUCUAAAUGUAUAUAUAAACUUGCGUACGUAUCCGUUUAAGAAUGUGAAAGUAUAUAUAUAUAUAUUUGUAUAUUAUAACGUACCUAUUUGCCUAUUAUUAUUAUUAUUAUUAUUAUUUUCAUUCUCAGCAUCAUCAUCAUCAUUAUUAUUAUUAUAUUGUUGUUUGUAAUGUUAAGAAUAAAAAAAGAAAAACCGUGCCUGUAUGAAUUCAUGGGACAUCAAAUAUUAUUAUCAUACGGCGAUUCUGUGCAGCUAUAAUAUAAUAUAUAUAUAUAUGUAAACUUUUAGACACGACGUGAUGACAUCGCUGCAUCAUACACUGGUGUAGACUUGACACGAUUCGAGAAAAACGAGCAUUAUCUAGUCUUGCAAAUUUUGUACAUAAGAUAUAAUAUGAUAUAAUAUACGUAUUAUUACUCGCUGAGACUA